AUGUUUGGCCUCAUAGCUGAUUCAAUCUCCUCCAUCACCACCAUCCUGUUGCCUGCCUAUCUCUCCUACAAAGCUCUCCGAACCAACGAUCCUGCUCAAAUCCACCCGUGGCUGAUCUACUUCACCAUCCUCUCACUUGUCCUCCUCGCAGAAUCAUGGACCUACUUCAUCCUUGGCUGGAUCCCAUUCUACAGCUGGUUCCGACUGAUGUUCAUGCUGUACCUGGUCCUGCCACAGACACAGGGUGCGAAGAUCUUGUACCUGGACUACCUCGAACCCUACAUUGUUGGACAUGAGACACGAAUCGAUCAAUUCAUCGGGCAGGCCCAUGAUCGCCUACAACAAUUGGGACUGGGCUACGUCAACCUCAUUGUCGAGUACUUGCGUGAGAAAGUCCUCGGCCAGAAGAGCCCUCAGCCGCAACAGCCUCAGAAUGCGAACUAUGCCAGUUACGCUCAAGAUCUGCUCUCCCGGUUUUCCAUGCCCGGUGCACGGACAAGUACUCCCACUCAGCCAGGCAUCACUUCUGCCGGCGUCUACGGCCUGGUCUCAACCUUCGCCGGCGCGGCUUUCUCCUCUUCCCAAACCACCUUGACAUCAUCCUCCCGAUCUGCGGCCGCAGAGGCGUCGAGCAUCCCCAACUCCCUGGCCCGUGACAUCCCAGGUGGCUCCUCGGCGGAAAAAUCCACCUACAUCUCCUCGCAGCGUGAUCGUCUGACCUCGUUGCUCCGGGCGCUGGACGCCGAGCAGCAGAAUCUCGAUCUUGCAUAUGGGACAGCACCUGGCCAGCGCGCUGCAUCCGGCUCGGGCGGAUUGAGAGCAAAAUCACACAGCGAGCAGUCGUUUGAAAACGUCGACUACGACGAUGCGACACACACCCCGGCGACCAGCUCCAGUUACGGUUCCACGCCUCCGAGACCUGUCACGGACACGCGCAGAAGUACCAGUGGAAACUGGGUGCCUUCCGGCGUCUCGGGUUGGUUUGGCGGCGAUGGGCAGGCAGGGCCACACGAGAGGGAUGAUGAUCACAAUGAUCGGAACCGAAACUCCAAGACAUGGCAAAUGGCACGCGACAUGACAGAGGACAUUGCCCGAGGAAUGAGCAGUGGCGUAGACCCUCGAAGAUAA